AUGGCAAAAAAUCUACUGAAAUCUGGAACUGUCUCCGUUAUUGGCUCUAAUCCGGUUGGUAGUGAGAAUGACUUCAUAGGGAACCCACUCAACGGUUCGCCUGAAGUUUGUGACAUGUGCAGAAAUUACGAUCUUCUCAUUACGGAAAAUUCGAACGACAUCAGUGCUUCUACUAGUUAUGACGAUCUGUUUUACUCAAGCUAUCGUAGCGGGUCUGGUAGUGGUUAUUCGCCGGAUGAAGAUUAUUCCGAAGACUCUAACGAUGAGAAUAAUUGGCGUAAUGAUUAUCCUGAUGAGGACGACGACUUUUUCGGCGAAGGAAAAAAAUUCAUCGGAAAAAAUAUAAGACAGGUAGAUUCACAUUUCCAUGGAGAUCAAGAAAUAUUGCCGGACGAAGACGAUUCUGAUCUAGGAGAUUAUAGUGGGUUUGCUAAUGCGCUGACCGAUGAUGGAGACGCAUGCAGUGAAGAAAAUGAUACGGAUUUGAGUCAAAAUAAUCGCUUAAGGACAACUUAUGCUAAGUUUGUGGAACGAAUUAUGAAGAAAAGUAACAAGAAUGACGACUCCGACCUUGACAGCAGCGAAGCUCGAUCAGCGUUCAGUAAUACUAGCGAAAAUGAAAGUUUAUAUCUGUAUGAUUAA